AUGUCUACAACCACGGGAGCCUUCAUUGCUGGCGGUAUCGCAGCAUGCGGUGCAGUCACCGUCACCCACAGUUUCGAGACCGUAAAGAUUCGGUUACAAUUGCAAGGUGAAUUGCAGUCCAAGAAUGAGGCCAUGAAGAAGUACAAGGGUGUCCUCCAUGGUGUCAAAGUGAUCCUGCAGAACGAAGGGCCUCGAGGGUUGUUCCGGGGAAUUGGCUCUGCCUACGUCUACCAGGUUCUUCUUAACGGCUGCCGUCUGGGCUUCUAUGAGCCUAUCCGCUCAAACGUCACCUCUGCCAUCUACAGCGACCCCAAGAUCCAAUCUCUCGGAGCUAAUGUCUUUGCGGGAGCGGCAUCUGGUGUUAUUGGGGCUGCGGCGGGAUCACCGUUUUUCCUGGUGAAGACCCGGCUCCAGUCCUACUCGCCCUUCCUCCCGGUCGGCACCCAACACAACUAUAAAAAUUCGUUUGAUGGACUGCGAAAGAUUUACACGAGCGAGGGUGUCAAGGGUGUAUACCGCGGGGUUGGUGCCGCCAUGAUCCGCACAAGUUUCGGCAGUGCCGUCCAACUCCCCACAUACUUCUUUGCCAAGCGCCGUUUGAAUCGACACCUAGGUAUCCAAGAGGGGCCUGCUCUGCACCUGGCCAGUAGCGCUGCUUCUGGCUUCGUUGUGUGUUGCUUCAUGCACCCUCCUGAUACCAUCAUGGCUCGCAUGUAUAACCAGACCGGGAACCUGUACCAGGGUGUGUUCGACUGCCUGUUCAAGACUAUCCGCACCGAAGGGCUGUUUGCCAUCUACAAGGGCUUCUUCGCUCACCUGGCGCGUAUUCUCCCUCAUACUAUCUUGACUCUUAGUCUGGCGGAGCAGACGAAUAAGUUGAUGCGUCGCGUUGAGGAUCGGGUGCUGUCUGACUCUUUCCGAGAGAAACUCUAG